AUGGCAAUAUCUUGGAAUUAUCUACUGCUGGCUUCGUUAGUUUUGCUAGAAAUUGUACCAGGGAUCAACUCUGGCAAAAUAUUAGUUUUGGUGGAUAAUUUCGGUAUUAGGGAAACACAUUCUAUUUUCUUGAAAUCCUUAAGAGAAAGGGGACACCAGUUGAUUAUAAAAGCAGCAGAUGAUCAGACAUUAACCCUCACAAAGUAUGGCGAACAUCUCUACGAUCAUCUUAUAAUUUUUGCUCCUGGAGUUGACGAAUUUGGAGGAUUGAUUAAUGUCAAAGCUAUAACAUCUUUUAUUGAUAAUGGUGGCAAUGUACUAGUGACAGCAGGAACACGCGUUGGUGAUGCUUUGCAUGAUUUGGCUGCAGAGAAUGGUUUCGAAUUUGAUGAGAAUCAAACUUCUGUUAUUGAUCAUUUGAAUUACGAUACUGUUCUUGAUGAAGGCGAUCAUACAACGAUUGUAGCUGAUCCAUCAAACCUUUUGUCUGCUCCAAUGAUUGUAGGAAAAACACGACAGAUUAAUCCUAUUCUAUUCCGAGGAGUUGCUUUAAUUGCUGAUAAGGCAAAUCCGCUUCGUCUGGAAAUACUUUCUGCUUCAACAACCGCUUAUUCAUUCAAUCCCCGUGAAAAAAUUGAAGAAUAUCCAGGUGCUGUGGGACGAUCGACAUUGUUGAUUGGUGCUAUUCAGGCUCGGAAUAAUGCACGUGUUCUAUUGAGUGGUUCGAUUGCCAUGUUUAGCGAUGCUUUUAUGAGUGCUAAUGUCAGCAAAUAUGCAUCGGAAACUAAGCUUCAAAAAAGUGGUAAUCUCGAGUUACUAACGGAAUUGAGCAAAUGGGUAUUUAUGGAGAAAGGUGUUCUGAGAGUUAAGAGUGUUGGUGAAAAGAGUCCUCCACGAGAGUAUACUAUUAUGGAUAAUGUUGAGUAUACCAUUGAAAUUGAAGAGCUCAGUAAUGGAAAAUGGGAACCGUUCAAGGGCGAUGAUGUUCAACUAGAAUUUACCCGUAUUGAUCCAUUUAUUCGGACAACUCUCAAAAAUUACAAUGGCAAAUUGAAAGCACAGUUUAAACUUCCUGAUGUUUAUGGUGUGUUUAAAUUCAUGGUCGAUUAUCGUCGUAUCGGGUAUACACAUUUGUUGAAUGUGCAACAGGUAUCUGUUCGACCAUUGCAACAUACCCAAUAUGAGCGUUUUAUCUACAGUGCAUAUCCUUACUAUGUUUCAGCAUUUUCAAUGAUGAUAGGAGUUGUUCUAUUCUCAUGCGUCUUUCUCUAUCACAAAGAACCAUCAAAAGAUGUAAAAAAGGACUGA